AUGCCGUCAGUCGACGACAGCGAGAACAUGGAGUACUUGAAGAAGGGAAGAACGGCAAUCGAAGCGACAAGAGCGAAGGUUCAAGCACUAAAAGAAUGUGUCAACGAAUCUGUCGAGAAGCUCAACACCGCAUUUGAAAUGUUAGAGGAAGAACAGAAGGAAGCAGAACUGCAGUCUUUCGAAGAUCAUCUCCAAGUGGCAGUGGAGAACACGAACCAAGCAGACCAAUUCUGUGCAAACCUCACCGGAAGAAGAGCAGAGAUCGAACAGCUCAUGUCUGACCUCCAACCAGAUCUUCUAGCCGAACUUCAGAAAUGCAAAGCGGAAGGAAAGAAUACAAAGUCUCAGAUACAACUGUUGGAUAGAAUCACAGCGAUGAUGAAUCAACUGGCCAUCAAAGGCUGUGACUAUCUUUGGGAUGUUAUGGAGCAGGAGAAACAAAUGCUACCCUCUGGACUGUAUCUGAUAUCAACCAAAUUCGGCCACCCAGUGACGAAAAUCUGGUGGAGUACCGAUUCACAAGAAUCACUUUCGGGUGCUUCCCCAUUCCUUCUUGCUGCAACAAUCAGAUUUCAUCUGGAAACAGCGGAUAUAGAUCAGGAGUUCGCCAAUGAGCUCAAUGACAACCUUUAUGUCGACAAUUUGCUUAUAUGUGCAGAAUCGGCAAAGGAAGGCAUCGAGAAAUAUACACGGGCAAAGAAAAUCUUCAAUGAACUCAAUAUGAAUCUCCGCGAGUUCAUAUCAAAUGACAAGAAAGUCAACCAGUUCAUCAAAAAAGAAGACAAGGCGAAAGAAGAUUUACCGAAAGUGUUAGGGAUUCAGUGGAAUACAGUGUCAGAUACGCUAGAAAUCAAAUGCAACAUGCCAAAUCCGGCAGAAAUAACGAAGCGAUCAGUCCUCCAGGCGAAUGCUUCAGUUUACGAUCCAAUGGGUUGGUUGAACCCACUUCUAAUAAAAAACAAGGUCUUCUUCCAAUCACUAUGGAGAAAGGAUUAUUCAUGGGAUGACCCAUUAAAUACAGAAGACCAACAAGAAUGGAGCAGCCUACACGAUAAUAUCUUAGGGUUCUCGAAAGAAAUUCCUAGAAGAGUGGCCAACAAACAGCAGAACAAUAUACUAGUAUUAUUCAGCGAUGCAAGUAAUGUCGCGAUGGCCACUUGUGCGUACCUUUGCCAUGGCAAUGAACAAAACCUUUUGAUCUCAAAAAGCAAAUUGCCAAAAGUAAAGGAAAAGCACACGGUCCCUAAGCUAGAGCUGAACGCUUUGACGCUAUCAGCACGCUUAGCCAAAUCCACAGUAGAAGAACUUCAGUCAUCAGUCAACGUCAACGAAGUCUAUCUGCUCUCGGAUUCAGAAAUUGCCCUCAGAUGGGUAAAAAACGCCAAUGAUACCAAACAAUUGGGCGUUUUAGCUGCAAACCGCGUAAAAGAAAUUGCGCGUAUUGUACAAUGGCUAAACGUGCACGGAAUACGUGUUUCAUUCGGGUAUGUCAGAACAAUGAUAAACCCAGCCGACUGCGCAACAAGAGGUUUGACAGCAGAAGAGCUAAAACAGCAUUACUGGUGGAAAGGGCCCAGCUUUCUGCAAAAGAAGCCUAGCGAAUGGCCAGCUGAAACACGACUAUUUCAACUACCCUUGCAAGAUGUGAAUAUAAACGUCGUGCAACUUGUCAAUUCGUGGAUUGACUGGGAGCGAUUCAGCACAUAUAAGAAACUCGUUCGAGUAGUAGCAUGGUCAAUGCGUUUUCUUAGGAAAAUUGCGAGGAAGUUACCUUCGGAUUCAAGGAAUCGCAUCCAAAACUCUAUUCCCGAACUAAAAGAAGUACAGAGCACAAAUCCACUUAAUGCUGAAGAACUGAAGCUAUCCCAAAUAAUACUCAUAAAAGUACAUCAACAUCAGUACACAGAGAAAAUAUCAUCUCCAGUGUACAGGAAAUUGAAUAUUCAACGGGAUGCUGACGGAAUUUGGAGAUGCCAUGGAAGGCUGGGUAAAAGUGAUCUAACUGAGAACUCGAAAAUACCCAUCUUCGUGGUACCCAACUCCAAACUCGCUCAUUUAAUAAUACAACAUACUCACGGCACAAUGCACCUUUCAACAUCUCAUACAAUGGCGGAAAUUCGGACCAAAUACUGGAUUCCGAAGCUGCGACAACAAGUAACAAAGACGAUAAGAAAGUGCGUCACAUGCCAAAAAAUCAACAACCUACCUUACCGUUACCCCAAGAUGAAAGAAUUGCCACAAAGAAGGGUAACAGAAUCGAGGCCAUUUGAACAUGUUGGACUCGACUAUUUUGGGCCACUGAAGGUCAAAACACAGACGGGAGAAUUAACUAAAGUCUACGGUUGCAUCCUGACGUGCGCCACAACAAGGUUGAUACACCUCGAGCUUGUCACUGACAACACAACAAUUGCAUUCGUCAAUGCCAUGAGGCGAUUUAUAGCUCGAAGAGGAGUACCAGCUUCAAUUACUAGCGACAAUGCGCCCACAUUCGUUCUGGGGGGAGAAGUCAUGGCUGACAGUCUAAAAAACGCUCGUGAUUCGGAAGAGGUUGGCAAGUUCAUGGCAGAUCAAUCCAUCGAAUGGAUCAAAAUUACUCCCUACGCGCCGUGGCAGGGCGGCUUCUAUGAGCGUUUAAUUCAGUCGGUCAAACGUUGCCUCUACAAAGCUAAAGGACGACAGAUCCUGGAUGAAGACUCAUUGAGAACAGUAAUAACGGAAAUAGAAAGCUGUCUCAACAGCAGACCGCUCACUUAUCAAGAAGCCGAUUGGGAAGAAAAUCCAUGUUUGAGGCCGAUUGAUUUCAUUCAGAACAGAAUGAAUAUAACUUACCCCAUGGAUCCAAUACCGAGCGAAGAAAUAGAAGACGAUUCUUACUUACCUUCGGAGCAAAAAGUGAUGUUAAGAACACGACUCGAGACCCAAAAGGCGCUCAAGAGUUCCUGCGACAUGACGAACAAAUUCUGGGAGAUUUGGAGAAAACAUUAUAUAACGUCGCUUCGCGAACAUCACCAAAACAUGCUUUCACAAGGAAAGACGACAAACAUGCUGCCAAAGCUGGGAGCGGUAGUGCUGGUUCAAGAAGAACUCCAGCCUAGAAACCAAUGGAAGUUAGGACGGAUCACCCGUUUGUUUAGGGACAAACAGAGGGAAGUCCGAGAGGUAGAGUUGUUCACGGGUCAGAAGAAUAACAUCAGACGACCUAUAAAUCUACUCGUACCUUUGGAGCUCGAUGACCCGGAUGAACCUCAACCACAAAAAAUACCGACGCAUACCACACAAAUGGAAAAGAAACAUUCUUAUAAUUUGAGGCCAAGAAAACCACUACCAACUCUGAAUACUAAUGUCAUUACAAAAGAGCAAAAGAAUAUUUUUAAAGAAAACAUAUUUGAAAAUUCUUGGACUAAUGAAUCUGUUUCUAGCAUGGACGACCACGUGACUGAUGUUAAGAAGCUCCUCCAGCAGAUGGCCUUGCGCCCAAGAGCAGUAAUAAAUGACAAAACACUACAAGAGCAAAUUUUAGCGGUAAACCACGAAAUCGACCGCAUCCUGAAAAACAGUGAGGAGACUAUUGCUAAAUAUCACGAAAUGGAGUCGAACUUUAUAACGGCGCCAACAUCUUCGGAAAAGGCGUAUAACAAAAGAAGAAAUGUCGAUCAACGGUUAACCGAAUUGCAAGACAAACUUCGAUGUGCCGGCUAUAUCUCGGAUCUUUUGUGGGAUACGUACGACGAAAUGGUUAAAGCGAAAGUGGCGAUGCUCUCUAAAAAAGAGCAUUUCCAGAACAAAACCUUCGAUGGCGGUCGUCCACUCGAUAGGAUAUCAACGAAGGUUUAUAUCACUUCAGAGCUGCGGUCCAUCUCAAAUGUCAUCUCUGAGAUUCGCGGUCAAAGGUAUGCCCCUUGGGCACGAAAGGAGCAGGAAACAGUGGUCGAUUACAUCAAAUGCCUCCAAGAACAAAUGAACCACCUCUGCGUAAGGGAAAGCAGCGAAAGCUGCAAAGAAGCAGCCGGCGGUGAAGAGGGUCAAGGUUCCGCCAAACAAAUGGAAAAGUUCCUCAAGAAGACCAAGGAGAUUUCGAGUAAGAUCAAGGAAUUUGAUUCAAAGAUAACGACAUGGCACGCGGAAGAGAGCACCAGGCUCGAGGCUCUUAGCAGCAGCAUAGAAAGCUUCCAAAAAAGGAUGGAGGAAAAACUGGAUGAAGCUCUGAAGAGCAUGCAACAGCAUGUGGUGGAUGUCAUGGAGCAAAACACUAAGGAGGUCCGAAUGUUUAUGGAGAAGAACCAGACACCCCCUCCUGAGGACAUCCUCACAUUGCUCGAGGACGAUAUGGAAGUCAAUCAGAUGCAAACUCCGCCACCAAGUAAGGGACCAAGUAAAGAGCAGACGCCAGAAGAGCCUGAGCAGGGCAAAGAAGAGGCGGAAUCUAGCACAAGGAUGACUCGGAAGGAACGCGAGUUCGCGUCGGACGGAGCCAUUCCACAUCGCCCCUCAAAGAUGGCAAAAAUAAUGAAAGAGAAGAUACCUUUCGCGGUAUCCCAGGCAAAGUCACGCCUGAAGCAUUUGAGGGAGUGCCAGCCGAGGAAGAUAGGCAACUCGAAAUCGACACUGUGCACAUCUGGGGCCCGCGUAGUUGUAUGCGGGUUUUGCCGCCAACGAGGAAGGCACUCUACCGAUGCCUGUCCUACGUUUCCAAACGUAAAGGAAAGACGGGAGCUGAUCAAGGGCGAAAGAAUGUGCCGCCUUUGCUUGAAGGUGCACUGCGACGAACGGUGUAGGACGAGUAUCAGAUGCGGGUACUGUGGAGAUAAAACGCACCACGAAUCUCUGUGCGCCCUUCCCGAGGAACGCCAAGAACUGAUUGGGGUCCUCAACGAGUACGACAAUCGUCGUUGGCGGGAGUGUGCGGAAAAGUUACCGCACUUUUGA